GGGACACGUGAAGCAUCUCGUUUCUCUCUUUAGUGUGCGCAAAACGCUGUGCCUGCAGCUGCUCCUGUUCCUGCUCUGCUUAACUUUGGCACUUACCAUCUCAACAAACAUUUCUUCUCUCUUCUUCUAUUUGCUCCUCACAUUAAUGCUUUUGCAUUCCAACCAAUCAUUUUCCUCUGUACAUAUAUAACCCAUCGCUUUCUCUCUCAGUUCAUUCAUUGCUGUAAAACUGCGAGGUCAUGCUAGUCCCCGCAACUUCUACCAGCGGUUCCGCGCGAUUCUUGAUCGCCAAACCUUCUUCCAUCGGCGACUAACUGCAAUGCGCCGCUCAUCGCUUCGUCCAUGGCUUUCUCCGUUUCACUUCGCCCUACCACUUCUCCAUCUCACUCACAGCUGUUUUGCUCUGUUAGGUUCAAUAGUAGGCGUCGUGGUAAUCGAUUAGGUUUCGAGUCGGACGGCGGGAGAAGAUGUCGUCGUUUACGGAACAGUGUUGGUGUUCGCGUUAGGUCGGUGUUGAACGAUAAUAGGCCUAGCGUGAACGAUUAUGGAGCGGCGGAGUCUGCUAGGGUUUUGUUCGAGAGGUUGUUCGACCCGACGCAGAGCCGGUUUAGCGGAGAGGAGCCGGAUCUUCGGAUUCUGGAGUCGGAUCUCGAGGCGGCGCUGGCGGCGCUGAAGAAGAAGGAGGAUCACUUGAUGGAAGCGGAGCGGACGGUGUUGUUGGAGAAUAGUAAGUUGAAGCACACGAAGGAGGAGUUGGAGCGGCAAGAGAGUGAGAUUGAGGCUGCUAAGGUUAGGUAUGAGAAGCUCCUGGAGGAGAUGAAAGACACUACUGAUAAAUUGGUUGCUCAGGCGAGCCAGGUUGAGGAGCUGAAGCUUAAGGUUAGAGAUCGGGAUCACGAGAUUGACGCGGUUCAGUAUAGUUUGAGGUUGAAAGAGGAGGAAGUGGAGAAAAUGAGGGUUGAACUGGAGGUGAAGAGUCAGGAGGCAGCAGUUCUUGGCUCUGAGCUUAGAGAGAAAGGGAAGCUUUUGGAUGAAGCUAAUGAAAUUAUGAAUAAACAGAGGGCUGAGCUUGAGGAGUUGAAGAAAGGGGUUGGAGAGAAGGAGGAGGAGAUUGAGGUCAUUCUGGAGCAGAGGGAGGUUGAGAGGGAGAAACUGAAGGUUGCUGAGGCCAAUUUAGAGAAGCAGGCAAUGGAUUGGUUGUUGGCGCAGGAGGAGCUUAAGAGGCUGGGAGAGGAUGCUGCCAGGCACGCUGAGGAGAGUAAUCAAACUUUGGAUGAUUUCAGAAGGGUGAAGAAGCUUCUGAAUGAUGUGAGGUCUGAAUUGGUUUCUUCUCAGCAAGCGUUGGCAUCUUCUAGAAGCAAAAUGGAAGAGCAAGAGCGGUUGUUGGAACAGCAGCUGUUUGAGCUUUCCGAGCAGAGGGCAAGUGUUAUGUCAUACAUGGAAAAUCUAAAGAAUGCACAGACAGAAGUGGAGAGUGAAAGAACAAAACUCAGGGUUGCUGAGGCUAGGAACAAAGAGCUUGAACGAGAUCUGAAGAUGGAAAAGGAGCUUAUUAAUGGGUUAGAGGAGGAGUUGAAGAAAGAGAGAACUUCUUUAGCACAGGCAGUCACGGAAAUGGAUUUGCUCCAACAGGAACUGGGGAAAAAAAGUGCUGAAUUUAGAGAAACAAGUGCCGUUCUUCAGGUCAAAGAAUCAGAGCUCGUUGAUGCUAAACUAGAAAUCCAGCGUUUGAAAUCUGAGAAAGCUUCCCUUCAGGGUAUUUUGGAGGAGAAAGACGUGGAGCUUUCCAAUGCUAGAAACAUGAUGGUGGAAGCUAACCAGGAAAUAUCUGAUCUUAAGAUGCUUAUGAACAACAAAGAAACCCAGCUUAUUGAAGCAACCAAUAUGCUAAGGGAGAAAGAUGAGCAUGUGAAGAAAAUCCAGAGCGAGUUGAAUGAUACAAAUCAGAAGGCUUUCGAAGCUGAAACAGUGGUUGAAAGAAUUUUAGAUCUUACAAACAAACUGGUUACUUCGAUUAAGGAUGAAGACACGAACUCAUCGAGCCCACUGCUAGAUGGAAUGGGUAAUCAACUACUUGAGAGACUAUCGGAGGAACCUGCUAUUGAAAUGAGAUGGCAACAAAAAAGACUUGAGAAAGAGCUUGAGUUGGCCAAGGAAAACUUAAAAAAAAAGGAGAUGGAGGUUCUUGCUGCACAGAGAGCUCUAACAAUAAAAGAUGGGGAGCUGAAAAUGACUCUUUCAAGAUUGGAUGCAAAAGAGGAAGAGUUGAAAAAAGUAAGGGAAGAGGUGACAGAAGAUUCCAAUGAUCUGAAAAGGCUGUAUGCUUUGGCACAGGAGAAAAUUGGUGAGGUAAGCUUAGGAGAUUUGGCAAUUGAGAAACUUCAGCUUGAGGCAGCUCAGCUUGAAGUUGAAGCUGCCACCAAUGCACUGGAAAAGCUUGCCGAAAUGAGUAGUGAACUUGUGAAUAAGGCAAUCCUGAGUGUUGAAGCUGAUAACUGUAUCAGUCUUGUGCCAAUUGAUGACAAAGCCUCCAAUUCGAUCCCAGAUACCAGUAAAUCUGACUGUUUCUCUGAGGUGAAAGCAGGAGUGGCUCGACUCUCAGCUUUGUCUGAGCAGCUUGUGAUGGAGGCAGGUAUUGCUCCUGCAAACUAAGGAAAUGAAGAAGGUUCUGAAGAUGUCUUAUUUAGAUAUCGGUGACCAAAGCCAAAGUUAACUUGUCUUUCGGGGUGUGAUAAAAAAUAUUCCCUUAGUUUGCAACUUAUGUACUAUGUACAGAUAGCGACCACGUCUGUUUUUGGUACUUCAAUCUUCAAUGAUUUUGUUUUUGUACAAGCCACAUUCAGAUUGUAUUUGUUUUAUAGACAAGAUAAAUACAAUGGAAAGAUUUUGUAUU